AUGAGAUUCGCCAUUCUUCUUGCUGGUGCCGUAGCAGUUGCUGCGGCGCCUUUAUCUCGGACGACAGAUGUGCGGCUUAUGACUUACAACAUUCGCCUGGCCCCAAACCACCCCGAACGAGGCGAGGAACUCUGGCCUGUUCGUCGACCACGCUUAGUCUCCCAACUCAACUUCGAGACCUCAGGAAGACCAGAAUCUCUUGUUUGCAUGCAAGAAGCGACAUACCCACAAAUUCAAGACCUCCAAGAAGACCUUGGCGAUGAAUGGGAUUACUAUGGUGUAGGACGCAAGGGCGGUAACAGGGGAGAAUUCUCACCCAUUUUCUACCGUCCUUCUGUCUGGAACAUGGAGGAUUCCAAGACCUACUGGCUCAGCUCGACACCCCAUAAAGUCGGUUCUCGAGGGUGGGACGCCGCGUUUCCCAGGAUUGUCACGGUGGCGCGGUUCCAACAUAUCAGCACUGGAAACCGUUUGGUGUAUAUGUGCACACACUUCGAUCACAAGGGGAAAACAGCUCGCGAAAACUCAGCAAAGCUUAUCUCUGCUACGGCUGAAGAAUGGUCUUCGCACGGAUUUGAGAACGUCCCUGUUUUUAUCGGCGGCGACCUCAACUCGUCCCCCGACGAGCCGGCCUACAAGCAUCUGGCCAGCGCGAUGAACGACGUAAAGAACAUUAUUCCACUUGCGAAGCGCUUUGGUCAUUCAUCCUACACAUACACGGGAUUCACUGUCAGUCCAUCAGACGAUAUGGAUUUGGAUCAUAUUUUCGUCAAGGAUACAAGUGGACUGCAAUUCAAGUCUUUUGCUGUCCUCAACAACUUAUAUGAAGAUGGCGUUUUUAUCUCGGACCAUCGGCCGGUUGUUGUGGACUUGCGACUGAACCAUGUCAGUCGCAAAAAUCGAAGGGAAGAGGAUGCAUCUAAGUAA